AGGAGCAGGCGAGGGAGGAGGCACGCCAGGCCAGCGGGCCAUCCACAGGUAUGGGCGGGGAGUUGCCAACAGCGAUCACAGUCCGUAUCGUACCUGACUGCUGCGCAGAAGUAGUGGUGAACGCGACUAGCAGCAGCACCAGCGUUACGCAUGACCUUCGGGACGACGGAACCAUGGUCAUGGGCACGCCUCCUGGAUGGGCGUUGCCACACCACUACUUGGCUGCCAACCCCGCGUUGAACACGGGUUGGUCACCCGGCUUUUAGCUUGGGACUGUGUAUGCUCUCCCUCGUCCUGAAGUUCCAGAAGCAACCAGGAGGCCCAACCUGCAUGGCGGGCAGUUGACAGCAGUCGGAAGGCAGACAGGCCGUGCCGCCGUGCACACGCAAGGCCACCAGGAGACCAGUCAAGGGACGGCACGCGCCCGUCAUGCGCAAUCCUGGACCAACAUACGCAAUCUAUAUUGCACGACUCCUACUUGAUAGAUUCUGGGAGGCGGUGGGCGCACUAAAAAUAUUGAGUUCGUGCGCACUGAUGCGCGCGCGCCUUCAUGCGAUGGCGCCAACACGCGAGCUUUACCCACAACGCCCCUAGCCCUCCCUAUGUAUGUAAUGUGGUCUUCAAGGAUAUUCGAUAGCUGAUAAGUACCUGCGAUGCUGUGUACGCCGUUCUGUGCCGCGCGGCUGCUGCGGGGAGGGCGAACGAUUGCUAUGGCUGGAGUUUCGGUGGUGGCCAAAAGCGUUCUGCAAUUUUUAUAGCUAGCUUAUGUGCACGGCUCUGCAUUCAGAUAAAUGAAGGUCGCCUAUGUAUGAAUUUUCCGAGCGAAGCGGAUGACAAAGCUGACAUGCAGGCAAGGCGGCAAGGCAGGAACCGGACGCCUUCCGACCGCAUGUCUGACCGAGUUCGUCCCCGCAAGCUUGAUGACCUGCCUUGCCGCCAACCCCACAAAAUUCUAAUUCCAUUGCUAUUUUGUCAAUGUCAACAUGUACAAAUCGCAGUAUGUACACGGGUCGUGUGAGCCAAGAGCAAUAGUGAAUAGUCAACUGCUGGAACGAGCGGCUGCGCCAGAGCAGCUCAACCGGCGGAUGAAAGCAAUCUCUGGGCUUUCUUACUCUACAAACGUAUGUAGACCCGUUGUGAAGCGCUUGUCACCAACCGCAGUUACUAGGGAAUUUCACCCUGUGAACAAAACGUAGUUUAGGCUGUUUCCACGGGCUGCCCCCUAAAUACGCGGCAAUAGCGCUAUGCAGGCGACUUCAGCAAGACUGAGGAGGGGCUUCGUGGCCCACCUGCUGAGGAGUACCAUCGAGCGACGGUUGGGACCCUGCUGGCGUCGUGGGCCCAGGGUUUCCGAUGUAUGCAGCUCAGCCAAGCCGCCUGGAGGAAAUCCGAGAAAGAUAUGCCGGCAGACAGACAGGCGUUCAUGGAGAACGGAGUGAUUCAAGCAAAUCAGCCCCUGGCCACUCAUCUUCGCGGAAGUUUAUUUUGCGCCGAUGGGGAGGGGGGGGCAUUGGGGGGAGGGGCACUCCCUCCCCCCGCACGGGAUGCAAGCAUCGCACGGUAGUGAAGGCACCAGCAUAUAAGCACGGGCGGUGUUCCUACGCCGAAGGAAGGGGCCACGGAGGUUUCGGGGGGCGCUCGCCCCCCCCCCCCCCUACAGGAGGGCGCUCGCGCGCGAACGGACGGCGAAGCGGUCAGGCGCGCGCGUCAGUCAGGCACGUUUGGGGUGAAUAGGCCGCGGCCAGCACACCAGCAACAUAGAGAGCUUCCAAAUAUAUUCUGACGAAUGCCAAGCCGCAAAGCUUGAGCGAUCAAGGCUGUCUCAAAAUGUCAGUCAAUCAGUCAGCAGGGAGCACUGUGCGCACAUAAUUAGUUCUGCAAAUAGCUAUUCGAUCAAUACAUUCGAAGAUAUCAGCGAUGCACAGUAAGUCGCGUCCGCGGGCAAGCUUGCUGGUCGUGCAUUUGGCUCGCUCGCUGCGCUUCAGGGGAACAGUCCGCGCGUAGAGAAUACAGAUCAUCUCGAUCUAUCCAUUAAAUACGAUGCAUCGCGCAUAGGCCCCUUGGGGAGGUUGCACAAUGGGGGGCGAACCGGUCCCGCGCUUCGCAUCCCUUCAGCCGAUCUUGGCGCUUGCAAAAAAGUAAAGGUGCUGGGCGAGCUGGCUAUUCUUUCACAUAAGAGUCAACGCGUUUCGUUCACCCACCCCACAAAGUGCAUCUGCUUUGACCAGCGUUUUCUCACAGCAAACGCUGUCAAAAUUUAAUGGCGCGCAGCUGGGUUGCGUGUCAGGGCGCAAACAGUCUGUUACACUUGGUUGCAGCCUUGAAGGCGGGCUGGGGCGCACGCCAGACCCCAAGAACACGCCAGGAGGCACACUUUGGAACAGCAUGUGUAGAUGAGUGCCCGUGGGCUUUGUACGCGGGUGGUCUUGCGCCACGAUGCCGGAGUUGGGUGCCGGAGUCACAUCAAGGUCGCAAGAUCGAAACCCAUCAGGCACGGUUCGGCUCCGUUACCUGUGUAGGCACUGAACAUACUUGUGCCGAACUUCCCCGAACGAGCGCCAUCUCGGCCUUCCUAGGUCGCUGCUCUACGGGUGAGGACGCUGGUGCGGCGGGUUCUGAUGGUUUCCCCGCGAGAGCUAUCCUGCUUUCUAGAAGCCGGUCUGCGAGCCAGUUGGCGCUGAUGCGCCGGGGCAGGAGGAGGCCCCUGAUUAGGGAAUGUGCGUCACCCAGCGCCGAUCUGCGAGCCCGUGUUUCGAGGCGUUACCGUGGCCCAGUAUGGCCGAUGGUUGCAGACAACCCCCCUC